GCCGUGGUCAACUUUUUAAUUGUCAAUUUUCCCAUAACAUAUAAAUGAGCGCGGAUAAAAGUGCAAUAAAUUCGUCAAAUAAAAAAAUGGAUGAUCCUUUACGUCCGAAAGCGGUGCCUCUUGCGGCCGAAACAGUUCUCUGGUUUGAAUUCCUACUUGACCCUCAAUUAAUUACAAAGCACUUGCAGAAACCUAAUCCAGAUCCCAGUGCAUUGGAGUUGAUGUCACAAUUCAUAUCAGUUACACCGGAUGUUAUAAUGCCACCACAGUAUGACCUGACGGUGCCAGAGGCUGAAAAUUUACCCGGUGGCAUACCUGUGACACCGGGCGCAGGCGUAACUAGUAGCGCGCCAAUGGGUAACAUUGAUGGCCUACGUAUACCACGGAAGCAAAUAGCAUUGAAAAUAUUAACACUUAAAGUUGCAACUUGGUUGAAGUGGAACCUGGAUGUUUUAGAGAAAAGUCUGCCCAUACCAAAGCAGCUAUUUCUGUUACGUGAUUUAUGCACAGUGUGUUUUGGCAAAUUGAUCACUAUACCUUUGCAACAGGAUUUUCAGCCAAAGAUUUCACCUGAUGGGCAUGAGCAUGCGGCGCGUUUUGCACUUACCUUUUAUCACCGUUGGGUGCUGCGCUUGCAAAUAUUGAAAGAUAUUGCCAUGAAAGCGGCACGCCCCUCCAUGGCUAAUAUGUUUGUGCCAAUGGAACCGAUGCAUCAGUUCUUUGCGCCAGAUAUACCACCACAAAAUAGCGUUGAAUAUCUGCAGGAACUAUGCAAAUCCACCGAACCCUUUUAUGUUUUCACCUAUGAUACAUUUGUAACACUUCAUGCGGACACCGAAACAAUGCGACAAAAUUUCGAACAAAUGCAAAAAAUUUCUCUGCCUGAACUGCGCGCUCAAAUCUAUUUCGAUCUAGUGAAUUUCUACUUGUACACCAAACAAUAUAGGUUGGCACGCGAAGCCGUAAACGAAUGCCGACGCAACUUGAAAGAAAUGAAAGUAGACUAUAAAUCUGAAUCGGCUAAACGAACUGACUCUGGUUACAUAUUCUGUCACGUAAACGAUGAUGAACUGGAAGGUUAUUUGCUGGCAUGUGGCUGCAGUGAGCAGCGCACAACUUUAACGGAGCGCUUUAAUGCGUCGUCACUAAAGCAGUACAAGGACAUCAUCGAAAUAUUACAAGAGGACAAUCAUGUGCAUGAAAUACCACUUGUAAGUCGGCGCAUACUCGAGCUAGACAUCGAAGCAGUUAUUUCGCAGGGCACGCUGAAGGAACCGCGCACACUCGAGAUGCAAGUAGCCGCGCUGAAUGUGGUGCGCAGUAUAUUCGAGAAUGGAAACAUAUUUGCCAGCGUUGAUUACUUUGAGAAAUACAGACAUAUGAAUUGCUUUGUUGCGAUAAUAGAUGCCAUCAGCAGUGUACUGCCGCAUUGUACACUAAGCGAACGUAACACAAUCAAAAAUUUCCUUAUUGAUUGUAUAUUGAAACAAAACAACGGUAAACAAUUUCUACAACAGGUAAAACACAUACAAUUCUUCACUGCAACCGAAUUGCGCGAUUUGGAGCGACAAACUGCAGAAGAGGAAUUGCUGGUGCCAACACUAGCAACUCUCAGUGAAUGGAAGUUCAGUUCGAAGAUAAUGCGCAUCGAAGUGGGCUCACUUGAGAGGCAACUAAUCUCAUGCACAAAUGCGAAUACAGUGCGCAAGCUGCUGGUCAAAUUGGCGGCUACUAAUCCCACUAAACCGCUUUGGACUGUUAAUCCCAGUUGGGAGAUAGCAACGCCACUCAAAUCGCUGCUUAUGUCCAUGCAAAGAGGUUUCUUGCAAGACUUUGCUUAUGUCUUACUGGGCAAAGCGCGCGAAAUGACGGCAAAAAAUGACUACAUUGGGGCCGUAUCGAUGUUGAGCGUGCUCAAAUCGGAAACACAACGCCAAGAGCUGUCGAAUACCACCAUAGUUUCAAAGCUGGGCAAAUUGGUUAACUGGGAAAUCCUACUCAUACAAAUCACACAGUGUUUGGAUGAGUGGAAUCGCAAAACUUUAGAUCUGCAAUCGUUGGGCAAUCGUUGCAAGCAAUGCCUGGCUUCGUUGCAAACCAACGACAAUAUUAUACCGCGCAUCGAGAUAAUUGAAAGCUGCGCCAUAAUGCUGCUCAAUCUAGGCGAUUGGAAUGCUCUAAUGUUCCUGGAUAAGCGACUGCCACAACUCGAAUUGCCCAUUGCCUUCGCGGCCACCGUACUCGAUAUGGAGAAAAUGAAGGGCUCCAAAAAGAUAUGUCGCGACGCCUUCGAUUUGGUAUUGCAAAUGUUCGUCAAUACCACAAAGCGCAGCGGUGGGCCUGGCGGCGGCGGCGGCAGUGGUAGCGGCGGUAGCUCACGCAAUUCACCUUCGCUGGCUGUUUCGACUGGCCUACAACCAUUCCUUAAACGUAUACGCCAUCAACUGGUAUUUUCCUUAGCCAUUUCAUGCCUCGGCAAAAUACAAAACAUACUCAGAGAUGAUACAAAUCACGAUCUGAGUGGUGAAUACAUGCACUUAUGGCCAGCUGUUAUACCCAGCCCCUUGGCCUACAGCGUGCGCAUAGUUUGCGAAACGUUGCAUUGGCUACUGACCGAAGCGCUCAAAUACUAUCCACAAACUAUUACAUGGCUGAAGAUGAAGGGGGACCUGGAACUAGCUAUUGGCAACAAUGAAGCAGCGAUGCGUUGUUAUGUCAAUGCGCUCAUCACCGGCACCGACUACUGCACUUUUCCGCUGCAACGCAAUGUAGCCGAUGACUAUGUAAUACACAAGAUGAUACGCUGCUCAUCGAAUUUGGGUUGUCACAUGCAAGCCACAGUGCUGUGUCAAUUUUUAGAAGAAAUCGAUUAUGGCAUUGUAUUCAAGCGGCUCACUGAGAAAUCUUCGAACUUUACCGAUGCAAUGGAUGCUUAUUAUAAUUGCAUUUGGGAUACAACAUUGCUGGAAUUCAUUAUUAAUUUGCACGCAAGAAAAGGAGAGCAUAGCCGGAAAUUAGAAGCGAUCGCCAUUAUGGGCUCCCUUGAAUUGAAUGCGAAUAACAAUGACGAAAUCAAACGUGAAGCAGCAGCUAUACGAAAAACACGGUUUCUACGCGCAUUAGCCAAACAGUAUUUGUUGUAGGAAAAUGUACAUAAUUAUGGUCCAACAUUUUUAUAAUCGCUUAUAUAUUAUAUUAUAAAUUUUAACGUAUCAAGAAACUUAGUAAUAUGUGGUCGUACUUAUAGUUUUAAGCUGUUUUAUACGAUUAUUAAAAAAUGUUAGGCU